AUGAGCCUGUACAACAACAUCGUGGACCUCAUUAAGAACAAGCAGGAGGUCAUCAAGGAGGAGAAGAAGCAAAGGGCGUUGAGCUGCCGCUAUGGGGAGAGCAGUAUGCGGGGGAAUGCCGCUCGAGCGAGCAGUGUAAGGGGGAAGGCCGCUCGAGCAAGCAGUGUGCGGGGAAGCAGCGCGCAGAGCCCCCCGGAUGCCCUCCUCACCCGCAACGCGCUCGUGAAAAGCUUCCUCGCCGCACACAAAGUGAUAAAGGAGAUACAGACGCUGAAGGAUGUCUCCCUGCACACGGCAAGGUACAUCCUGAGCGUAGAAAUGGGAAAAAUAGAAAUGAUAAAGAACUGCAAGAAAUGGGAAACGGUGCCUUAUGUAUACCAAAAGACAGCGGACGAGCUGGUCCUAAGGAAAAGAGAGUACUUAAAAAAUAUACAAAAAAUGCAUAGGGAAAAGGGGAAGGAAGAGACCCAGGGAGACAGCUGCUUCGGUAGAAUGGCCAUUAAAAAUGCCAGGUCUAGAUCUGUUCAUCACGAAAAGAUGAAGGUGAAGACCUCAGUUCGCUUCGACGAACUUAUCCGCUCGUGCUCGCACAGACGGGUGGGCAGCCGCGAAUUCGUCACCAAUUUUAAGGGACCAACUGGAAGGGGGGCCGAGGAACAACAGUGGAAGCAGCAACGGAGGAAGAGCAGCAGCAACACAGCCAGGUUGAAUGGGCAGGAAGCUACUCUGGGGGGAGUGAGCGCUAAAGUUAGCAGCGUUGGGGUUGGCAAGGCGGCCCCGACAGGUGAAGAGACCAAAACAAGUGGACGCAUCGUGAAUUACCGAGGCUGCUUCUACGACGGUGCACCAUCUGUUAGUGUACCCUCUGUUAGCGGUUCCCCUGUUAGCACCCCCCAUGUUAGCAUCCCCCAUGUUAGCAUCCCCCAUGUUAGCAUCCCCCAUGUUAGCGGCCCCCCUGAGAGUGCCCCCCAGGGAGGAGACCCCCCCACGGGGAACUGCCUGUACUAUUACGAGCACAGCGAAGCCACCAACAUUAGGGCAGCCAAAACUGCUAAGCACGACGAAGUGAAGAGAGCGAAGCAUAGCGAGGUAGAACCCACGCACAGCCCCGCCAAGAAGAAUACCCCCCUGCACAAGAAGGAUUUGAAAAAGGCAAAAGGGGUAGAUGCAAACUCUCCAACGAAAGAAGGGCUCACGAAGAAGAAGAGCAAAGGGAACCAGCAGGGUUGCCUCUCCACGGCAUGCAGCCACAGUGGGAGGAGCAGCAUCAAAUCGGCAAACGCAUGUAACUUCCUAAACGUAGGCAACCUCCUCCCACAAGGGUGUAGCAACGGAAGAGUGGCACAAUACGAAUGCUUUAACUUGAAGAGGGGCACAUGCUCCGCGAGUUUGAAGAAGGCCAUCCCCAAUUUUGAGAGACACACCGUCUCGUCAUUCAUCAAGAAUUUAAGCGCGCAGAGGUCCAGCGGCGUGAUUAGCGGCGUGAUUGGCAGUGGAGCGGUUGCAAGCGGAUCGGUUGCUAGCGGCGUGAUUAGCGGCGGGGUGGGUAGGUCCCCCCCGAGUGGGAAGAAGUCGCCCCUCCGUUCGAAAAAAGAUGUGAGUGGAAGGAAGAGGGCCAUGUCCGAGGGCAACGCUCUCGUCAAGUCCUCCAAACGGGGGGUGCUCGACAAACUGGGGCUGAUGGAUAAGCUGGAAAAGCUAAACAUCCUAAACGAGCUGAGGAGGAUGAACCGGCUGGCCCACUCCCCCCAGGGGAAUCUCGCAGGAGCAGAUCUGGAUGGAGGUCUGCAUGGUAGUCCCCACGGGGAAGACCCGGACGCGAAGCUCCUAUACGAUGAGGACGCCGCGUUUCAGAGGCUGUGGAACUCCCUGAUGAGCAAGCAAACCUCCAUCGCCAAACGGAUGAAUUCAUCCAUUAACAAUAAAUUUGACCUCUACCAUAUUGGGGCCCUAAAUGAGAACUACUCCUGGGUGAAGAACCUGCGGAACUACAGCAACUCGGUGGGCGGGAUGGGGCAGACCUCCUGGAGGGGCAGCCUCCAGCGAAGCAGCCUCCAGCGAAGCAGCCUCCAACGAAGCAGCCUCCAACGAAGCAGCCUCCAAAGGGAUAGCCUCCCGAGGGGGGGUUCUAGGGUGUCCUUCUCCAAGCCCCUCAGCAGGUCCAACAGUAAGGCGGCCCCGAAGAAGAAGAGGACGUCCGUGAGGAAGAAAGCCGCAUUGGGGGAAAGCACCACUCAGAUAGGCGGCACCACUCAGAUAAGCGGCACCACUCAGAUAAGCGGCACAAAUCAGCUGAGCGGCACCAAUCAGCUGAGCAGCUCCAGCAGCGCGAGCAGUGAGGAGGACCAUUACGACCACCACGUGCACGUCAAAAGAGGCCUCUACUGCAUGGACGACCCGCCCCUCACAGAGCGAACGCAGGAAGAGAGGCACUCCCCCAUGCAACAUCCCAGCACAAGUGAGAUACCCCCCGUAGCGAAAGACACAGUCACCUGGUUCCACCCAGGAAAACCGGGGAAACACUUCCUAGAAGCGGAAGACAAAGCGCCAUUGGAAAAAAUGCCUAAACGAAAGAGCUACACAAAAAUGAAUCAAAUAAUUAUGAACAAGUCAGGUAGAAAAGAGGCAACUUCCCAAACAAAAGGGUCUUCUCCUUCACGAAUUUACGAAAUUAUUAUUAACGUGCCGAAGAGGGACAACGCUGUGGGGUACAUGGAGUCCCAGUUUUAUUGUGAAGAGGAACCGGUUGGCAAUUUGCGCACCUCCCAGAGCAACGAAAGGGGGCGUGCCUCCGCUGCCCAUGGACUUCGCCUGACUUGUGCAGGUGAGAACUGCGGCGUUGUGCGAAACGAGUGCGUCAAUUUGAAGCUGACGGGGAGGCACGUCUACAAGGGGAGCGGUGGUGAGGGUGGCGGCGUCGAUGAGUGGGGCAGCGGUGGCGAUGGCUACCUUUGCAACUGGAAGCAACGCGUGAGCGACUUUGCCAAGGAGAGCAGCUGCCUAGGGGGAGCUACCCCCCCCUGUUUUGCCGCAAAGGAGAAAAGCAGCCGUUCUGGAGGAUUCAAAGCUGUGCAGGUGAGCAACGUGAGGAGUAAGGCGACCCUCCCUGGUGGGGGAGACCAUCACAGGGAUUCCCUUGAGAGGAGACCUUCCCAAGAGGGGAGUCGUCCCCCCUCCUGCCACAGAACCCUCAGCGUUUGUGAUGACUUUACGUUGAGUGGGGAGGUAGCCCCGUUGGAAGGGGCACUGCUAAACGGGGAUAACCCCCCAGUGGGGAGGGACACCCCGGAGGAGAUGCCCACAGGAGAAGAUCCCCUCGGGAAGGUCCCCAUUGGAAGGCUCUCCCUCUCCAAAGCGGACUCACCAAAGGGUGGUAGCCAACAAGACGUCGAAGGUGAGGACCUCAACGCAGAUACAGUGGGGGAUGUGCUAGAUGCCUACCUAGGUGUGGUGAAGGGCAACGAGUUUCCUCGCGAAAGUGUGCUAAGCAAAGACGAAAGGAAAGAUGUGGGCAUGUUUGUGGGGAAGGGCCAAGGGAUGCUUUCCCCAGAUGUGAAGUUCCCCCCGAGUGAUAGCCCAACAAAGAGAGCAUACGUAGAGGAAGAAUCCCCCCAGCAAGCGGACUGCAACGAGAUGAACAGGAGACCCACCACGUAUAGCUUCCCACUCGCCGCGAAUAACACAGAAGGGGUGAAGGAACGGGGAAAGGUCCCAGCCAACGUGGGGAUGACGCCCCCCUCGGUAGAACCCGUCCAAGACAACUACAUAAUGCUAAAAAAUAUUAUUCCCAUUCCAAAACUUAAAUUGGACAGAAUCCAACAGAGCAAAAAUUUUAACUCCUAUGAGGUACGCUAUGUGAAGGGUUCGCAGGACGGGUUCGGAGCUGACCACCGUGCAGGCAACUCUUUAGAGGUAGAUGCAACAGGGAACGUUAACGUUGAGCAGAUGAGCUGCUUUGAUAGGAACCUGUUUGGGGUGGCCAACCCGGCGUGCUUCCCCAUCAUCACCUGCAAUAACGUUGCAAUUGAGGGUUCGAUGGACCCCUUCCUUGGCAAGAUGAAUUGCUUUCGUGGCGCCGAUCAGAUUGAAUCGUCAAAGUGUGAACAUGGGGUAGGGGCGGACAAGGACCUACUGCAUCUGGAGAGUAAGUACAUGCGAACCCCUGUCGGAGCGCCUCCAACGGGGGAGCAGAAACAGACGCAUCUCUCUCACGAGGGGUCACUGGGGAAAAUCAAAAUGCCCAUCAAGUCCGCCACCAUCCACUGUGAUGGUAACAACUCGAAGGAGGGAAAUGGCCUCACUAGAAUGAGAAGCAACUUUACAGAUGCAACCAACUUUCCGCCCAACAAGAGCAGUUUUAUGAAGGGGGAUCUCCCCAUCCACUUGGGGAAGCCACCCGAUUGGAAGCGUGUCCCUCAAGGGGAAGUUAAACAGAGAGAGGGUGGUGCUCCUCACCAGAGUGAGAGCAUGUCCCUACAGGGUGAGAGCGUAUCCCUCCAGGGUGAGAGCAUGUCCCUACAGGGUGAGAGCGUAUCCCUCCAGGGUGAGAGCAUAUCCCUCCAGGGUGAGAGCGUAUCCCUACAGAGUCAGAGCAUACCCCUUCAGCGCGCCCCCUCUGUAACCCCAAGCGUGUCUACACCUACACUGCAUACGAAUGAGGGGUUCACAAAUGGGUGCCAAGGCUUCCCAUGUGACGGAAGCACCCUCUUCGGUGUUUCGAAGCAAAACUUGAGUUGCAUGCCGGGGGGCUCUCCCCCCGGCGGAUGUGCAAACGUGUGUGGGCACGCGGUUAUUAAAGAGGCGGUUCCCAAAGGAGGGGUCAUUGAGGAGGUGGUUCCCAAAGGAGGGGUCAUUGAGGAGGUGGUUCCCAAAGGAGGGGUCAUUGAGGAGGUGGUUCCCAAAGGAGGGGUCAUUGAGGAGGUGGUUCCCAAAGGAGGGGUCAUUGAGGAGGUGGUUCCCAAAGGAGGGGUCAUUAAGGAAGUGAUUCCCAAAGAAGAGAUCACCAAAGGAGCGAUCAUUAAGGAAGCGGUCACCAAUGAUGCUCCCCCCAGUGAAGCUCCCCUCAGCGAAGCACCCUCCAACGAAUCACCCACCAACCAGGAGGCCCCCCCCAGAAAGUCCUACGCCAACAUGAUUCUGGGCUUCCUGGGGAUAAGAAGAGCGAGCGAAAAGGGGAAGGCACAUCCGGGUGGAGAGGACAAAAUGGGAGGACCAAACAAAGAGAUGGCGGCGCGUUUAAAGAGGGUCCCAAGCAACGUGGCAAAUAGUCAGGUGCCCAUUUUCUUUAGGAAGAAUUACCAGCACGCAGCACGUGGAAGCGACAGCCACAUGAAGAGCCUCGGACGUGGAAGCGACUGCCAAAUGAAGAGCCUCGGCCGUGCAAGCGACCACCACGUGAAGUACCCCGAACGUGGCUGCAUCUCCCUGGGGAGACCCAACGGGUGCGCCUUCCCCUCCGUGCCGAGCUUCGCCUUUGUGAGGAACGCACCGAAAAAGGCCCCCACCAUGGGUGACGCGCCCGAUCAGGGAAAGGGACCCCACCAGGGAAAGGGACCCCACCAGGGAAAUCCAUUCAUCACAAGUGGGUCCUGUCUGGACCUGCCUGCCAUGGGCAGGAGAAGCUUCUCCACGUAUUGCCCUAACGUUAACGCGUUGCAGAACGGGGGAGGGAUGUGCCACUUGGGGUUCAUUCCGAGGGGCGCCAAACAGGUGAAUGGCUAUUACGCCAUGCGGAAUGGAGUCAUGUGCAGUAGAGUUGCGGAUCUGCACGUCAAGUCCAUGAGGUGCGUGCGUCAAGCGAGUAGUGGGUCCCAGUUGGGUGGUGGGAACGGAGGGGGGGGCCAGCCAAGUGAUGGCCAGCGAAGUGAUGGCCAACGAAGUGAUAGCGGCAGCUUCGACCGUGGUAGUGGAGGAGGUGAGCGAAGCGAUGGAGGCAGCUUCGAUCGUGGUAGUGGUGGAGGUGAGCGAAGUGAUGGCGGCAGCUUCGACCGUGGUGGUGGAGGAGGCACACGUUACGCACCACCACCCACAACGUUCAGCACCAGUGGAGACGCACCUGGGGGAAGCGCGGCGAAAGGGUACAUAGAACCGCACGCGGCAAAGAAGAAUUGCCCACCCCCAAUGGGAAACCAUCUCGCGACGCUUCCAAGUAGGAAGGACCUCCCCCCCCCAGGGGGUAGCUUUGUAAGCGGCCACGUUAGCAGCUUCGCAGGUGGCGACGUGAGCGAGAUGGCAGAUGAAGACGUUUCGCAACGGAGGACUACCUCCCGAUGUAGCAGUCGGGGGGCCCCUAAAUGGGGAAUCCCCUACGACGGAGCCAAUCUCAGCGGCAGUAGGACCACCCCAAGUGCCUCCACCCAAAGGAACCAGAGCGAAAAGCAUCUAACCAGAAGAACAAACGAAAUUCAUUUCGACAGCUAUGCAACGGACACGUCACAGGGGAAUCCUCUCGAGGUGUCCUCCAAAGGGAAGACGCCAGAAAGCGUUCCCCAUGUGAAGGCAGCGAAGGAGCAGCCCUUCUUAGUCAGCGGAGCGAACGAGCAACCCUUCCUAGUCAGCGGAACGACCAUUCAAAGCAUGGUGGGGCCUGCUCUUCCUAUCGGCACCGAGUUGGGAAAGAAAGAAACGGGGCACCGUUUUGUUAAUGCACCCAGUGUGGUGCAAUAUAACCGGGCCGUCCUCAUCAGUGCACCGAGGACAACGGCAAAUGGUCUCGUGCACCCAAGUGAGAGGUACGUAGGUAGCAACCAGGGAGGUGCACACUGGGAUAAGGCACCUCUACAGAAGAGUAACGCGCAUGCGGAUCUGAGUGGUGCGUAUGAGCAGGUCCACACGAAUAGGUUGGCAGCUGUGCAGGAGGAGGAAGAGGAAGACGAAGUUGAAAGUGAAGCGGACGAAGAAGAGGUAGAAAGUGAAGCGGACGAAGAAGAGGUGGAAAGUGAAGCGGACGAAGAAGAGGUGGAAAGUGAAGCGGACGAAGAAGAGGUGGAAAGUGAAGCGGACGAAGAAGAGGUGGAAAGUGAAGCGGACGAAGAAGAGGUGGAAAGUGAAGCGGACGGAGAAGAGGUGGAAAGCGAGGAGGAGGAAGACGAAGUUGAAAGUGGCGACGGGGAGGAGGAGACGGAAGAGGAGAGUGUAGAGGAGAACGAGGCAGGAAGUGCACAGGGGGAAGAAGAAGAGGAGGAGGAGGAGGAAGAAGAAGAGGAAGGGGAGGAGGUGGAGGAAAGUGAAGUAGACGUGGAGGAAGAAGAAGAAGAAGAAAUGGAGGAAGAGGAGGAGGAGGAGGAGGUGGAGGAUGAAGAAGUGGAGGAAAGUGAAGUAGACGUGGAGGAAGAAGAAGUUGGAAGUGCAGAGGAAGAGGAGGAUGAAGAGGAAGAGGUGGAUGAAGAGGAGGAGGAGAGUGAAGUAGACGUGGAGGAAGAAGAGGAGGAGGAAGAGGAGGAAGAAGAAGUUGGAAGUGCAGAGGAAGAGGAAGAAGAAGAGGAGGAAGAAGCAGAAGAAGUUGGCAGCACAGAGGAAGAGGAAGAAGAAGACGAAGUUGAAAGUGAAGGGGAAGAAGAAGUUGACAGCGCAGAGGAGGAUGUUGAAGGAGAAGAGGACGGAGAGGAAAGUGACGCGGAGGAGGAGGACGAUGCUGACGGUGAAGAUUACGACGAAGCUAACCACGCCGACGACGCCGACGACGAGGCGGAUGCGGAGGAACCCGCGCGCGCGCACAAAAAUGCGCCAAAGCAAAACACGCAGGGGCAAGGCGUCCUCCUCCGCAAAAGCACGAAUUGUGAGGAAGAGAACUGGGGAGACGCCAACAGCUACCUGCAGGGAAGUGCGCACACGAUAAACUCGGAAGCGGUGCGCAGGGAAAGCAACGAGUCGCACACGCUACAGGAGGGAACCUUCUUAUCGUCACCAAGCCAUUCCGAUGGUGAAACGGAUUCUUUUGCACAUACAUCUGGAGGACAUCCCAGCUCGGAAAGACCCUCACGUGACACCAUGGCGCGAAGUGGCGUCAGUGGUUGCUCAAGCGAAGAGUAUAUAGAAGAGCACCACACGAAUGCCGGGGAGAAGCACCUCCACCCCGGUGCAAGCUUCCCCAACGAACAUAAGAAAGACAACGUGCGUGAUGCCGAUGGGUCAUAUAAGUACCUGGAUGAAAUUGCCAAGCAAAUGGAACUAGAAAAAAAGAGCAACGAAGAGCUGAAGAAGAAGCUGCAGGAGCAGAUUCUCAUUCAGAGGGGCCUCGUCCGAAUAAAGGAGCAGCAGCAGGUGUACUUGGAGCUGCUCAAGAAGAACGACGCGCAAAACCCGAGGGGGAAGGCGCCCGACCCGCAGUGA